AUGUUAAAAAAUAUAAUUAAACAUAACCCAAUUAUUAAAAUUACAUAUAAUAGUAUUAUUAAAUUACCAACACCAUUAAAUAUCUCUAUUUGAUGAAACUUUGGAUCACUAUUAGGAUUAUGUCUACUAAUUCAAAUUAUUUCAGGCCUAUUUUUAUCUAUACAUUAUUGUCCUAACAUCAAUUUCGCCUUUAAUAGAAUUAUCCAUAUUUGUCGAGACGUAAAUUAUGGUUGAUUAAUACGAUUAAUUCAUAUAAAUGGAGCAUCUUUUUUUUUUAUUUGUUUAUAUACUCAUAUAGGACGAGGUUUAUAUUAUAUAUCCUAUAAAUUUAAUAAAGUAUGAAACAUUGGUAUUAUUAUCCUUUUUAUAACUAUAGCUACUGCAUUUUUAGGAUAUGUCCUGCCAUGAGGACAAAUAUCUUUUUGAGGAGCUACAGUAAUUACAAAUUUAAUCUCUGCAAUUCCAUACUUAGGAGAAUCAAUUGUUUUAUGAAUCUGAGGAAGAUUCUCAGUUGAUAACUCAACAUUAAAUCGAUUCUAUUCUUUACAUUUUAUUAUACCUUUUAUUAUCUUAGCAAUAGUUAUUAUUCAUUUAACAUUUCUACACCUAACUGGAUCAAAUAAUCCUUUAGGAACAAACAGAAAUUUAUAUAAAAUUUCAUUCCACCCAUAUUUUACAAUUAAAGAUUCAUUAGGAUUUAUUACUUUAAUUUUUAUUAUAUUAAUAUUAAUUAUAAUCAACCCUUAUAUAAUAGGAGAUCCUGAAAAUUUUUCACCAGCCAACCCAUUUGUUACCCCAAUUCACAUUCAACCAGAAUGAUAUUUUUUAUUUGCUUAUGCUAUUCUUCGAUCUAUCCCUAAUAAAUUAGGAGGUGUAAUUGCAUUAUUCUUAUCAAUUAGAAUUUAUUUUAUUAUGCCAAUAAUUAAAAAUAAUUUUAUAUUUACAUCAAAAUUUUACCCAAUAAAUCAAAUUAUAUUUUGAUCAAUAAUUAAUAUUUUUUUACUACUAACUUGAUUAGGAGCUCAACCAGUAGAAUCUCCUUUUAUUUUAAUAUCACAAAUUAUAACAAUUCUAUAUUUCAUAUAUUUUAUUAUUUUACCUUUAAUCAUAAAAUUAUGAGAUACAAUUAUUUUUAAAAAAUAA